GCGCGGUCCCGAAGCGGUCCUGAGCUUCCACAGUUUCUUAAUAAAAAGAAGAAGUGCUCAAAAACACAUCACCAGUUUCCUCCAGCAAGUGGAAACAAACACAACCGUCUGCAAGAAUCAAGGAAAAUGAUGGGCGACCAAAAAGGUUUUUUAACCGUCAUCGUCGUUGCGGUCGUGACUCUACUAAGCUGUUGCAGCCCAGCGUCAAGUUUCCUCCUUCCCCGUGUCACUCGUACAAGUGACGCCAUCAUCAUUGAUUAUGAUGGCCUGGGAUAUGCUCCCUUGGAAUGGAAAUAUGGAAAUGUUGCUAAGCUAGGAUUUAUUCCGAUGUCGUCGUCGUUCAAUCCUUAUUACGCAAUGAUGUAUGGCCAGGAGCAGCAGCCAAUGAUGUUCGAUGCUGCUGCUUUCAAUGUCGGGGAGCAAGGAGUCAAGCAAAGUAUCACGACGACAACACCACCAGCGAUUCAAUGCGGUCGUGGACCGGCCACCAUGCCCGCAGCACGAUCGCCAAUAAAUGAAAGAAUCAUUGAGGGCGUAAGUGCCAAAAAGAAUGCUUGGCCUUUCAUGGUAUAUGUUUCAAUAAGCUCAAAAAAAUGUGGCGGAGUUUUGAUUAGUGACUCUAAAGUGUUACUAGCGGCCCAAUGCCUGGAACGAUUUACUUUAUUUGAUACGUUGCUCUCGUCAACUGUUUCCAUUGGGGUAUACUCCAUUGACCCGUUGGACGCCCAAAUGACGAGGAGAAUCAGCAAUAUUAUACUCCACAGCCAAUUCAAUGCUGCCUCCUUUGCCAAUGAUAUCGCCAUCAUUACUUUGGACGCGCCUGUUGUUUUAUCCAAAACUGUUGUACCUGUUUGCUUACCACCAGAAAGUACCGACCCCGACCAAUACGCCGACCAGGAUGCCAUUAUUUUGGGGUGGGAUGCAAGCGAGGUUUUGCAGCAAGGCAAGGUCAAAAUUGCGUCUAAUGUAGAUUGCAAGAAUAUGCAAAGCAUAUCGCAAUAUGUUUCCGACACAACCAUCUGCCUUAGUUCUACUACCGUAUUCCCAUGCAACUAUGACAUGGGCGGUCCAGUAGUUAUUCAAUCGUCGACGGGAGCUUGGACCGUAGUUGGAAUCAACAGCUAUGUCACCCCUGAUUGCGAUGCGAGUGGUCUCCAAACCAGGGUGUCCGCCUUCAGUGCAUGGAUUGAUAAAUACAUGAAAUUGAAAAAGUAAUUGUGCCUAUAUAAAGGAUAACGACCGCCACCAACACUUAAGACCUUCAUCAUGAUAUUCGAGCUCGUUUUUUUUGGGGGGGAGAGAGAUUUUCAACUUUUUUCUGAAAGAAAUAUAAAAGCUUUCGAUUCAAUUUUGGUUGACAAAGAUUGUCCUUGUAUGUUACAUUACUAUAUGGCUACAUAUAUAUUUGAAAAUUGUGAACUUAA